AUGCCGGUACAAACCAGUCCACCGUCCUUCCCGGACUCGUUCCCGUCGUUCAUGUCCGUUUAUGGUGGUCUGCCGCAGCGAUAUAAAGAGGAAGAGAACGUGAUCCAUCCUCUUCAGGUUCCGACCCAUAUUCCUGUGAAUACUACAUCAGCUCGGCGCUUGCUACCAUCUCCCAACCCCCAUCGCGAGAGCAUCUCGUCGAUGACCUCGACCUCCACAGAAUCCUCUCCUACCACGACGAUUUCGCCCUUUGACUCACCUUCUGGAGGGGAUAUUUCCCCCAGCUCUUCGCCGGAAUCUCCUUCCGCCAUGCCCCUUUCCUACCCUAAAUUCACACCUCCCGUACGCCCUCUAGAUGUGGCGCCGAGGUCCAUGAUGUCGGCCGACAGCACCCGACUUUUGAGCUCGCCGAACAUGGCCCGUUCCGAUUCCAGCGGGAAACGCGCGCGCAACUUGAAGAACCUGAGUUUGCGUGUGCCCCAACCAUCGCAAUCAAGACCGCCAAUUGCAACUGCCUCGGUAAUGGAGUCAACUUCCAAUACCCACCUUUCUGCGCCACCAUCUCCCAUCCCAAUGGCCCCUAAGACCGGCCGUCGACGCCCCGCCAACCUCACUAUCCAAACACCCGCUUUCGACAAGUCCUUCUCAGAAAAGGGUGCUGAUCUUGUCCCGCCAACUCCGCUCGGGCACCAGUCAUUGCGACAUGCUGAAUCCUCGCCAUCUCUCGCCUCGAUCACAUCCCCUUCCUUUGCUCCACGUGGUGGCAUGCAACUUCCACGCCCAAUAUCGCACCAUGGGUUACGCCCGCUUUCGGGCACUUCUUUCGAGGACACGAUCACUCCUAUGACAUCCCUGCAGGAGGACAGCUCUUCUUUCUCAAGCCGAGUUCUUCAUGGCUUGAAAGAGGAGGAUGAUCAUCCAGACUCUCGAGAGUCAACCCGCAAAACGUCGCGUGGUUACCCGAAUGGACCCGUUCGGAUAUACGAUUCUGGAGUGUUUUUGUACCUCGAGCCUACUGCCGAAGAAGCUGCCAAGUUUGAUGUGGUGAUCAACGUUGCCAAAGAAGUCGCCAACCCAUUCGACAACCAGAAGGGGACAGAGCGUAAUAACACUGUAAUGAGCACCUGGCGCAAUGCAUCCAGAGCUUCGAAGCGAUUUUCCAACGGUGAUCCUCAAACUGCCAUCUCUGAAAUUUCUUUUAAAUCCGCCUUUGAGUUCCAGCCUUCCGACUCUGAAUCGGCCACUCCGACUCCGACAACACCAACGCAAACCUCCAUGUCUACAACACCGGAAUAUCUGCAUGUUAGCUGGGACCACAAUUCGGAAAUUCUCGAUGAUUUGCUGCCACUUUGUGAACUCAUCGACGACCGUAUUGACGAGGGCAAGAAGGUUCUUGUUCAUUGCCAGCUUGGAGCCAGUCGCUCUGCGUCGCUGGUGAUCGCCUACGGCCUUUACAAAAACCGACACAUGGACUUCAAUUCGAUGUAUGAGCAGGUCAAGGCGCGCAGUGAAUGGGUCGGUCCCAACAUGAGCCUCAUCUACCAGCUGACGGACUUCCGCUCGCGGCUGCUACGAGGAGCCUCAUCGAAACCCGCUCCUCGGGAAUGGUUUGUCUCGACCGGCCGCAGAUGCUCUGAACCCCAGGUGACAAGAGCCGAACGAGAAGAAGCUAUGGAGCGUGCUAAAUCGCCUUUCCGUGGCCUUGCGCAAGCGCCUUCAAUGGGCUACUUGACCCUGCCAUCCACGAGUCCGGUUCGACCGAAGACCAGCGAUAACGGGAACAAAUCGCCCAAACGCAGCCUCUCCCUCGGCCACUACCAUUUCGCCAAAAGUUCCAGUCAAUCGAACCUGCAUCGGGUCGCCCGCGAGGCUUGCCACGCAGUGUUAGCAGCUGCGAUCCUCUCGUUCAGACUCAUGUCUUCAACCUCGGGGUUCAUGGUUCCCCCUGUGCCGUCCAUUCCACCGCAACAUCUGAGAAUCGAUCGUUCUGCUGCAGCUUCUCCUCCGCCUGUUGCACCUUCGUCCAACCCCGCCCAGUAUGCCAACAAAACGGCAGACCCUCGUUCUCCUCCAACAGGAGGUGAGCUUCUUAUCAUGAGGAGCAUCGACGAGUUCCUUUAA